CUUUUUAAAAGUAGGUUGAUGAACUCCAAAACACCCUAUCCGAAAAUAAUAUACUUAGACGGCAUUGCUUACGAAAAUAAUGAGGCGAUAUGUGAACUGUUUAGCAAGCACUUCGCCAGAUUAUACACCUUAGAGAACGAUGAAGUCGUGGAUUUCCCACGUAAAACAGACGAAUGUUUAAGUGACAUAAUUUUCACCACACAUGAGAUCGAUAAAGCUGUCGCAAAUCUUAAGCUUAGUAACACUACUGGCCCAGACGGUAUAUCUUCCGUUCUGCUGAAAAAAGGUGGUAAUGACAUGAGUUUACUCUUACUCAAGUUAUACUCAAUUUCAUUAAGCGAUGGGACAUACCCUAACUGCUGGAAGAAGUCUUAUAUUGUACCUAUCCAUAAAUACGGGCCUAUAGCUGAUAUCAACAACUACCGCCCCAUCAACAUCACGUCUGUAGUUUCACGUGUAAUGGAAAAGAUAGUUAAGACUCAAAUCAUUCAGUACUUGCUGUCAAAUGACCUACUAUCCCCAUCCCAAUACGGUUUCUUAAGUAGAAGGUCGUGCAUUACUUGCCACUUAGAUUAUUUUGACUACAUCACACAAAGCAUUGAUAAUGGGCGUUCGGUAACAACAUUGUUUCUUGACGUUAGCAAGGCCUUCGAUAAAGUCCCACAUAUCAGACUCCUAACAAAACUCCAAUCCUACGGAAUAACCGGAAAUCUUCACAAAUGGAUAAGUUCUUUUCUCACAGAAAGAGAGCAAUUAGUCAAAAUCAACCACCAGUUGUCUUCCUCAAAGCCGAUAACCAGUGGUGUAAUACAAGGUAGUGUUCUUGGCCCUAUUCUAUUCCUCUUAUUUAUAAAUGACAUAGUCUCUGUAAUCAAGUAUGGCAAGCCAUACCUUUUUGCAGAUGAUCUCAAGAUAGUAUAUGAUUAUGGGUACGGUGAUAUGAGCGUCGAAAGCAAGAUCCAACAAGACUUAAAUGAUCUAGGCGAUUGGAGCGAAAAGUGGCAACUGACUUUCAACCCAGACAAGUGCGGUAUAACCCACCUUGGACGCUGGAAACCGAUAAUGUGCCUAUAUAUGUACGGUAAGCUCCUCUCAAAACUGAACACAGUCACAGAUCUCGGGAUAACAUACUCAGAUUUAUCCUUUUCCGAUCACGCAAAUAAGGUUGUAUCUGACUGUAAACGACUUACUGGCUUUGUACUGCGUAACUUCUACACCCAAGAAGCAAGAUUAGCUAUAUAUAGGACAUGUAUCCGUCCCAAACUUGAAUAUUGUGCUCUCCUAUUUAGUAACCUCAGGACUGUAGACAGAAAAAAAAUCGAAAGUGUCCAGAGAUUCCUCACGAAACGCAUAAUAGGGUUCGACCAACAAGUGGAAUAUGUUGACAGGUGUGUACGUCUGAAAUUAGAGCCUCUGUGGUUAAGGAGAGUGAAGUGCAACCUAUUUCUACUCUUCAAAGUCAUUAGGAAACACUGCUACAGUAACUCAUCCAUAACGUGGGAAAAUAUUAAAUCAUAUCAGCUGCGAAACCACGACUACCUUGUCAAGGUGGCUACCCACAGAAAAUCCAUUAGGGCAAACUUUUUCACCAUAAAAUAUUGCACUCUUUGGAACCAACUACCACCUGAAAUAAGAUGUUGUGAAAACCCUGAUGGGUUCAAACGGAGCCUAGAAAGACACUUUAACAUGUCCACCCUAGCUCGUCUAAAAGACCACAACUGUUGGUAGAACGGAAAUUGAAGGCCAGUCCAGUCUUCAGUAUAGUCACAUACGUAUAUCUCGACUCUAAUACUCACGCAGCGAACGUUAACUAAUUUACUGAUUUCUAUUCUCUAUAAUUUUCACUAAGUUGUGUUGGUAAAAGUAACACUGGAAAUAAUUGUAAUAGCAUCCACACCUUUUAACGUUUUACAUAUGUAUAUACUAAUAUAAUAAUACUUAUUAAUCAUGCAUGUUCAAUUCUUAAAUUAGAUGGUUAUUAAAAUACUUAAAAUAUUUAUGCAUCAAAUGUUCUCUUGCUUUACCACGCUUGUUUCCCUUAUAACACUCAAUUAUUGAGCCUAGUGUAUUAUUUGAUAUACGAAUUAUAUUAUUGAUUAUACUCUUAUCAUAUAUGGUUUGAUUUACUCUACGGCUCCCUGUAGACUAACCACCAUUCUUCAGUAUACACACACUGCAGUAUUGUUAAAAAAUGCCAAAAUUUUGUUGGUUCUGUGUUAAUAUCUUUUUAUAAUAUGUCUAGACACGUUACUUUGCAAUGUCAGAUGUUUACUAUAUAUAAG